GGCUGAGUUUUAUGACGGGCCCGGUGCUGAAGGGCAGGGAACAACUGAUGGUGCUACUCUGAGCUGCUUUGCUUUUCUCCUUUUUGCACAAAGAGUCUCAUGUCCGAUAUUUAGACAUGAUGAGCUUUGUGCAAAAGGGGAUCUGGUUACUUUUCGCUCUGCUUCAUCCCACUGUUAUUCUGGCACAACAGGAAGUUGUUGAAGGAGGAUGCUCCCAUCUUGGUCAGUCCUAUGCGGAUAGAGAUGUCUGGAAACCAGAACCAUGCCAAAUAUGCGUCUGUGACUCAGGAUCUGUUCUCUGUGACGACAUAAUAUGUGAUGACCAAGAAUUAGACUGUCCCAACCCCGAAAUCCCAUUUGGAGAAUGUUGUGCAGUUUGCCCACAGCCUCCAACAGCUCCCACUCGCCCUCCUAAUGGUCAUGGACCUCAAGGCCCCAAAGGAGAUCCAGGUCCUCCUGGUAUUCCUGGGAGAAAUGGUGAUCCUGGUCUUCCAGGACUGCCAGGUUCCCCUGGUUCUCCCGGCCCUCCUGGAAUCUGUGAAUCAUGCCCAACUGGUAACCAGAACUAUUCUCCCCAGUAUGAGGCAUAUGAUGUCAAGUCUGGAGUACCAGGAGGAAUCACAGGCUAUCCCGGGCCAGCUGGUCCGCCCGGCCCACCCGGUCCCCCUGGUACAUCUGGUCAUCCUGGUUCCCCUGGUUCUCCAGGAUACCAAGGUCCCCCUGGUGAACCUGGGCAAGCUGGUCCUGCAGGUCCUCCAGGACCUCCUGGUGCUAUAGGUCCAUUAGGUCCUGCCGGAAAGGAUGGGGAAUCAGGAAGACCCGGACGACCUGGAGAGCGAGGACUGCCUGGCCCUCCAGGUCUUAAAGGUCCAGCUGGCAUGCCUGGAUUCCCUGGUAUGAAAGGACAUAGAGGCUUUGAUGGACGAAAUGGAGAAAAAGGUGAACAAGGUGCUCCUGGAUUAAAGGGUGAAAAUGGCCUUCCAGGUGAAAAUGGAUCUCCUGGAGCAAUGGGUCCAAGAGGACCUGCUGGUGAGAGAGGACGACCAGGACUUCCUGGAGCUGCAGGGGCUCGAGGUAAUGAUGGAGCUCGAGGAAGUGAUGGACAACCAGGUCCCCCUGGUCCCCCUGGAACUGCAGGAUUCCCUGGUUCCCCUGGUGCUAAGGGUGAAGUUGGACCUGCGGGAUCUCCUGGUUCUAGCGGCUCCCCUGGACAAAGAGGAGAACCUGGACCUCAGGGACAUGCUGGUGCUCCAGGUCCUCCUGGCCCUCCUGGGAGUAAUGGUAGUCCUGGUGGUAAAGGUGAAAUGGGUCCUGCUGGCAUUCCUGGGGCUCCUGGACUGAUAGGAGCCCGCGGUCCUCCAGGACCCUCUGGUACCAAUGGUGCUCCCGGGCAGCGAGGUGCUGCAGGUGAACCCGGUAAGAAUGGAGCCAAAGGAGAGCCAGGACCACGUGGGGAACGCGGGGAAGCUGGUUCUCCAGGUAUUCCAGGACUUAAGGGUGAGGAUGGCAAAGAUGGUUCUCCUGGAGAACCUGGUGCGAACGGACUUCCCGGAACUGCAGGAGAAAGGGGUAUGCCUGGAUUCCGAGGACCUGCUGGAGCAAAUGGCCUUCCAGGAGAAAAGGGUCCCCCCGGGGAGCGUGGUGGUCCAGGCCCUGCAGGGCCCAGAGGAGUUGCUGGAGAACCUGGCCGAGACGGCCUCCCUGGAGGUCCAGGAUUGAGGGGUAUGCCCGGUAGUCCUGGAGGACCAGGCAGCGAUGGGAAACCAGGGCCUCCCGGAAGUCAAGGAGAAAGUGGUCGACCAGGUCCUCCAGGCUCACCUGGUUCCCGAGGUCAGCCUGGUGUCAUGGGUUUCCCUGGUCCUAAAGGAAAUGAUGGCGCUCCUGGAAAGAAUGGAGAACGUGGUAGUCCUGGAGGUCCUGGCCCUCAGGGUCCUGCUGGAAAGAAUGGCGAGACCGGACCUCAGGGUCCCCCAGGACCUACCGGGCCAGGUGGUGACAAAGGAGACACAGGAAGCCCUGGUCCACAAGGAUUACAAGGCUUGCCUGGAACGAGUGGUCCUCCGGGAGAAAAUGGAAAACCUGGUGAACCGGGCCCAAAGGGUGAGGCUGGUGCACCUGGAAUUCCAGGAGGCAAGGGUGAUUCUGGUGCCCCUGGUGAACGUGGACCUACUGGACCUGCAGGGCCCCCUGGGCCUAGAGGGGGAACUGGCCCCCCUGGUUCUGAAGGAGGAAAGGGCCCUGCUGGUUCCCCUGGGCCACCUGGUAAUGCUGGUUCACCUGGUCUGCAAGGAAUGCCUGGAGAAAGAGGGGGUCCUGGAGGCCCUGGUCCAAAAGGUGAUAAGGGUGAGCCCGGCAGUUCAGGUGUUGAUGGUGCUCCAGGGAAAGAUGGUCCAAGGGGUCCUACUGGUCCCAUUGGUCCCCCUGGCCCAGCUGGUCAGCCUGGAGAUAAGGGUGAAAGUGGUGCCCCUGGACUUCCGGGUAUAGCUGGUCCUCGUGGUGGCCCUGGUGAGAGAGGUGAACAUGGGCCACCAGGACCUGCUGGCUUCCCUGGUGCUCCUGGCCAGAACGGUGAGCCUGGUGGUAAAGGUGAAAGAGGCGCUCCUGGUGAGAAAGGUGAAGGUGGACCUCCUGGAAUCGCAGGGCCCCCCGGAAAUGCUGGGCCUUCUGGUGCCCCUGGUCCCCCAGGUGUCAAAGGCGAACGUGGCAGUCCUGGUGGUCCUGGUGCUGCUGGCUUCCCUGGUGGUCGUGGUCUUCCUGGUCCUCCUGGCAAUAAUGGUAACCCAGGCCCCCCAGGAGCCAGCGGCCCUCCAGGCAAAGAUGGCCCCCCAGGUCCAGCUGGUAAUAAUGGUGCUCCUGGCAGCCCUGGGGUGUCUGGACCAAAGGGUGAUGCUGGCCAACCAGGUGAGAAGGGAUCACCUGGCUCCCAGGGCCCUCCGGGAGCUCCAGGCCCACUUGGGAUUAUAGGGGUUCCUGGAGCACGAGGUCUUGCAGGCCCACCAGGCAUGGCAGGUGCUAGGGGCAGCCCCGGCCCACAGGGCCCCAAGGGUGAAAGUGGGAAGCCAGGACUUAGUGGUCUCAAUGGAGAACGUGGUCCUCCUGGAGCCCAGGGUCUUCCUGGUCUGGCUGGUGCAGCUGGUGAACCUGGAAGAGAUGGAAACCCUGGAUCAGAUGGUCUGCCAGGCCGAGAUGGAGCUCCUGGUAGCAAGGGUGACCGUGGUGAAAAUGGCUCUCCUGGCCCCCCUGGUGCUCCUGGUCAUCCAGGCCCCCCUGGCCCUGUUGGUGCAGCUGGAAAGAGUGGUGACAGAGGAGAAACUGGCCCCGCUGGUCCUUCUGGUGCUCCAGGUCCUGUUGGCUCAAGAGGUCCUCCUGGUCCCCAAGGCCCACGUGGUGACAAAGGUGAAACGGGUGAACGUGGUGCUAAUGGCAUCAAAGGACAUCGUGGAUUCCCUGGUAACCCAGGUGCCCCAGGUUCCCCAGGUCCCUCUGGUCACCAAGGUGCAGUAGGUAGUCCAGGACCUGCAGGCCCCAGAGGACCUGUUGGACCCAGUGGGCCCCCUGGCAAAGAUGGAACGAGUGGACACCCUGGUCCCAUUGGACCACCAGGGCCUCGAGGUAACAGAGGCGAAAGAGGAUCUGAGGGCUCCCCAGGCCACCCAGGACAACCAGGCCCUCCUGGGCCCCCUGGUAUCCCUGGUCCAUGCUGUACUGGUGGGCCUGCUGUCAUCAGUGGCAUUGGAGGUGAAAAAUCUGGGGGGUUUGCCCCAUAUUAUGGAGAUGAACCAAUGGAUUUCAAAAUCAACACCGACGAGAUUAUGAUGUCACUCAAAUCAGUCAAUGGACAAAUAGAAAGCCUCCUUAGUCCUGAUGGUUCCCGUAAAAACCCUGCUCGGAACUGCAGAGACCUGAAAUUCUGCCAUCCUGAACUCAAGAGUGGAGAAUAUUGGGUUGAUCCUAACCAAGGUUGCAAGAUGGAUGCUAUUAAAGUAUACUGUAACAUGGAAACUGGGGAAACGUGCAUAAAUGCCAGUCCUUUGACUGUUCCACGUAAGAACUGGUGGACAAAUUCUGCUGCUGAGAAGAAACAUGUUUGGUUUGGAGAAUCCAUGGAUGGUGGUUUUCAGUUUAGCUAUGGCAAUCCUGAACUUCCUGAAGAUGUCCUCGAUGUCCAGCUGGCAUUCCUCCGACUUCUCUCCAGCCAGGCCUCCCAGAACAUCACAUAUCACUGCAAGAAUAGCAUUGCAUACAUGGAUCAUGCCAGUGGGAAUGUGAAGAAAGCCUUGAGGCUGAUGGGCUCAAAUGACGGUGAAUUCAAGGCUGAAGGAAAUGGCAAAUUCACCUACUCAGUUCUGGAGGAUGGUUGCACUAAACACACUGGGGAAUGGGGCAAAACAGUCUUCGAAUAUCGAACACGCAAGGCCGUCAGACUACCUAUUGUAGAUAUUGCACCCUACGAUAUUGGUGGUCCUGAUCAAGAAUUUGGUGUGGACGUUGGCCCUGUUUGCUUUUUAUAAACCAAACUCUAUCUGAAAUCCCAGCAAAAAGUUUCACACUCCAUAUGUGUUCCUCUUGUUCUAAUCUUGUCAACCAGUACAAGUGACCAAGUUCCAGUUAUUUAUUUCCAAAAUUUUUGGAAAAAGUGUAAUUUGACCAAAAAAGAAUACAUUUUUAAAUUUUAUUUUAUUUUUUUUUUGCUGUUACACCAAAUACAGUUCAAAUGCUUUUUGUUCUAUUUUUUUACCAAUUCCAAUUUCAAAAUGUCUCAGUGGUGCUAUAAUAAAUAAACUUCAACACUCUUCCAAUAACACUGUGUUACAUUCUUUGAAUCCUAGCCCAUUUGCAGAGCAAUGACAGUGCUUACCAUCAAAAGAUAACCUUUCUUCUGAAAUAGUCAAACAUGAAAUUAGAAAAGACCUUCCUGUUUCAACUACCUCAACCUGGUCAGAAACACAGAUGAAUUCUAUAAGCCCCAGAAGAUGAAAAUAAUUGUAUAAAAUACCAAAACUUAUAAAUUUCACUGAUUAAGUUCCUAAAAUAUUGGUUAAAAGAAAAAGAGUAGAGUGUAGUACAAGAAUUUAAAGAAAUAUUUUUGAAGCCAUAAUUAUUUUAAUCUUGAAUAUCAACUUCUUUUAAAGGUGCUUUUCCUUUUUCUUGUCAUUGCUGGUCAAGAUUACCAAUAUUUGGCAAGGCUUUAAAGACACAUGUUCUGGUGCUAAUGUACUUUCACUUUUAAAACUCUAGGUCAAUUGUUGCUUUACGUUCAAAACACAGAUGCACACCAUCUGUACGUGUCUCCGGUCAAAAAGAUUUCCUGGUGUGUCACUGCCGGGAACUCUUUCUCUGCAACCUGUAAAAGUCAAUAACAACAACAAAAAAUAAAUUUUGGGGCUGCUUUUGUCACAAUAACAGAGAAUGUGUUGAAAUUAAACUUUGUAAGCUUGUAUGUGGUUGUUGAUCUUUUUUUUCUUACAGACACUCAUAAUAAAAUAUCAUAAUAAA